CAAAAAAAGACAAUUCAAAAUGGCUUUCCAAAAGGCUUUAAAGAGCUCCUCUUACCACUCCCGUUUCCAAACUCCUUUCCGUAGAAGACAGGAAGGUAAGACCGACUACUACCAAAGAAAGAGAUUGGUCACCCAACACAAGGCCAAGUACAACACUCCAAAGUACAGAUUGGUCGUCAGAUUCUCCAACAAGGACAUCGUCGCUCAAAUCGUCUCUUCCCAAAUCACUGGUGAUGUCGUUUUGACUGCUGCUUACGCCCACGAAUUGCCAAAGUACGGUAUCAACCACGGUUUGACCAACUGGUCCGCUGCUUACGCUGUUGGUUUGUUGGUUGCCAGAAGAGCCUUGCAAAAGUUGGGCUUGGACGAAACCUACCAAGGUGUUGAAGAAGUUGAAGGUGAAUUCGAAUUGGUUGAAGCUGUUGAAGACGGCCCAAGACCAUUCAAGGUCUUCUUGGACAUUGGUUUGCAAAGAACCACCACCGGUGCCAGAAUCUUCGGUGUCUUGAAGGGUGCUUCUGACGGUGGAUUGUACGUCCCACACUCUCCAAACAGAUUCCCAGGUUGGGAUAUCGAAGCCGAAGAAUUGGACGCUGAACUUUUGAGAAAGUACAUCUUCGGUGGUCACGUUGCUGAAUACAUUGAAGAAUUGAUGGAUGAUGAUGAAGAAAAGUACAGAACUUUGUUCAAGUCUUACAUUGCUGACGAAAUCGAAGCUGAAGACAUCGAAGAACUCUACACUGAAGCUCACGCCAAGAUCAGAGAAGACCCAGUCUUCAAGCCAACUGAAAAGAAGUUCACCAAGGAACAAUACGCUGCUGAAUCUAAGAAGUUCAGACAAGUUAAGUUGACCAGAGAAGAAAGACAAGCCAAGAUCAACAAGAAGAUCGCUGACUUCCAAGCUGAAAACUAAAUGUUUUGAGUCCAUCUUUCAGAACUUUUUUCUUCAUAUCCUAAUAUGUAUAUCUUUUUGUUCUAUAGGGAUUUAGUCUAUAAAAUUUUUGGGUAUUCAUUUUAA